AUGGCCAUGCGCGCGCUCUUCUUCUUGGCCUCCGCUGCCACCGCCAUGGCCUUUGUGCCUCCGGCAGCUCAGCCACAGACCUAUGCGCACGAGGCCUCUGCUCCAGCGUUGGCCAAGCCUGUCGAGGCACUGCAUGAGUGCCAUGCGUUCUCCCUGGCCCUUGGCGCCAGCGUGGGCUAUGCGGCAGCAGCGGUGGGCGCCGUGGCGCGCCAGGGCCGUGUGGCCCGAAAAGCAGAGAAGGCUGCAGUGGCCAGGACUCCGGUGGCCUAUCCCAUUUUCACCUUCCGUUGGUUGGCCGUGCACGCCCUGGUGAUUCCCACCGUCUUCUUCCUUGGUGCGAUCAGCUCCAUGCAGUUCAUCCAGCGCUGA